GGCUCCCCGUCCUUUCGGUCCCCGGCGGCGGCGGCUGCAUCGCUGAGCCCGCGGCGCCCACACUCCCGGCUGCUCCCCGCGCCUCCACUCCGCUCCGCUCCGCGCCCUCGGCUCCCCGCGCCGCCAUGACGGAACAGGCCAUCUCCUUCGCCAAGGACUUCCUGGCCGGGGGCGUCGCCGCCGCCAUCUCCAAGACGGCCGUGGCCCCCAUCGAGCGGGUCAAGCUGCUGUUGCAGGUGCAGCACGCCAGCCAGCAGAUCACGGCGGACAAGCAGUAUAAGGGCAUCAUGGACUGCAUCGUGCGGAUCCCCAAGGAACAGGGCGCGCUGUCCUUCUGGCGCGGGAACCUGGCCAACGUGAUCCGCUACUUCCCGACGCAGGCCCUCAACUUCGCCUUCAAGGACAAGUACAAGCAGGUGUUCCUGGGCGGCGUGGACCGGCACACGCAGUUCUGGCGCUACUUCGCGGGCAACCUGGCCUCGGGCGGGGCCGCCGGCGCCACGUCCCUCUGCUUCGUGUACCCGCUGGACUUCGCCCGCACCCGGCUGGCGGCCGACGUGGGCAAGUCGGGCGCCGAGCGGCAGUUCAAGGGCCUGGGCGACUGCCUGGUGCAGAUCAGCAGGUCGGACGGCGUCCGGGGCCUGUACCAGGGCUUCAACGUGUCCGUGCAGGGAAUCAUUAUAUAUCGGGCCGCCUACUUCGGGGUGUACGACACGGCCAAAGGCAUGCUCCCCGACCCCAAGAACACCCACAUCUUCAUCAGCUGGAUGAUCGCCCAGUCGGUGACCGCCGUGGCCGGCGUGGUCUCCUACCCCUUCGACACCGUGCGGCGGCGCAUGAUGAUGCAGUCGGGGCGCAAAGGAGCCGACAUCAUGUACACGGGCACCAUCGACUGCUGGCGGAAGAUCUUCAAGGACGAGGGCGGCAAGGCCUUCUUCAAGGGCGCCUGGUCCAACGUCCUGCGGGGCAUGGGCGGGGCCUUCGUGCUCGUUCUCUACGACGAGUUCAAGAAGGUCCUCUAGGCGCCCGGGGGGCGGGGCCCCCACGUCCACGGACGGUCGACGGGCCCUCCGGACGCCCCCACGGCCCGCCCGCCCGCCCGCCCGGCCCGAUCACGGCAGCGCCGGGCGCGGCUCGAGGACGAGACCCUCCCGAUCACGACCACUGACACCCCGCCCCACGCCUCGAUGCGGGCGGGGGGCUCCCCCGACCCCACGGGGCCCCCCCGGCAGGGCCGCCGCCAACGCGUGUAGCAUUUAUUUAAAGGAAAUCAUGCCGCCAUUCCGUGCUUCCGCGCUGCCCGCCCCCCGCACCGCUGAGUUCCCCGCGAACCGACGCCCUCUGUGUCGGGCAUUCCAUUCCGCACACGAUUAAACCCGCGCACGGAG